AUGUCUGAAUCCACAUUAGGUCGGCCAUCCAGGGAACUGGGCGAAUUCGAAGAACUCGUCUACGAGUACGCCAGCCGGAUGCUCGGGGGCAACACCGAGGGCUGGGACGUCGACCCCCAUAGCUGCAAUCUCCGCUUCGAAUCCGCAACCCGCGGUCCUCCGGCCCAGGUCGCAUUCCUCUUUACCAUUACCCCGGGACUCAGCAAUAUCAUGGGUAACCUCCAUGGCGGCUGUGCGGCGACCCUGAUCGAUGUAUUAUCGACCACGAUCCUGCUGGGUAUCUCCGAACCCGGCAAAUUCGCUUUGGGUGGCGUCAGUCGCAAUCUCAAGGUGACCUAUCUGCGUCCCGUGCCGACGGGGACCGAGGUGCGGCUGGUCUGCGAGCUGGUGCAUGUUGGUAAAAGAUUGGCGCUGCUGCGGGCGGAGAUCCAGCGGGCUGCCAGUGGAGACGUGUGUGUGGUGGGCGAGCAUGAGAAGGCCAAUAUAGAUCCUGAGGUGACGCAGAGGAUUUGA